AUGUCUCUUCGUUCCCCCACCUUCCUGAUGGGACUAGCCAACCUGUUCGCGAUUGGAGGUGCUACAUAUCAUCUGCGAAGCCAUCACAUUUACAACCUUGAAGAGCACGAAGCACGAAUGGACGAGCUCGAGGGAACAUUGAGAGGCCACAUUGGAUUGAUUGAAGAGUCUCUCGAGAGGUUGGAAGGCAAACAAAUUACCAAAGGUCAAAAGACCGAGGACCUGUACUCGAAGCGAGGACGAGACGAGAAGCAAGACAAGCAGAAGAAGCAAUAG